AUGACAUGGGAGGUCAGUGUCAAGGAAGCCUUUGACAGAAGGGAUAUUGACUGGAGGAGGAGGUGGCAGUUGGCUCAGGAUCGAGAGUGGAUUCAGCUCUACAAGAAGACUGCUCACACCGCUCGGAGGUGGGGUCCCUUCCUCAUUCCUCGAGGAGAGGGCAAGGACGAACCGGCUGGCUGCCUGUCCUGGCGCCGUUCCAACUCCUCCACAGUCAUAAAAAUAGCACUACUCCUUUUAUUGGCCCUUUUCGGCGAUGUCGGCUCCAACGAUAAGCGCCAAUUUAAUGAGAUAUGCCUGCCUGCUAUGGAUUCUGAUCAACGCAAAACAGCCCUGUAA